AUGAAUCCUGAAUAAUCCAAAUAAUUAUAAGAAUGGAAAUUAAAAUACGUAAAGUUGAAUCCAAUAUUGCUUAUCUUAAUGGGUAUGAUUAUGAAAAUAAAAAAGGAUUGGUAUUGAUUGCAUUUGGAAUUGUAUCACAAACAGUUGAUAUAGAUUAUGAAUAUAUAUCUACUAGAUAUGAUGAAAUUUGCACCCUGAAGAAUUAAUGUUCUGUAAUUUUAUGUUAAAAAUAACCUUAGAUUAAUAUUGAUGUACCAUAAAAGAUGAAAUCUCCUGUAUUUUUUUCAUACGAAGUUUCGUCCUUUUUCUAAAACACUGAUAAAUAUUUUAAUAGCAUCCCUUAUGAUUAAUUGUAUGGAGACUCCGAUUUCGACACUUCAAUUUGUGAUCAAUAUAAAACUAAUAUGGAAAUGGGUAAAAUCUUAAGUGUAACAGGAAAAGCCUUAUCAUAAGAUGAUAUUGCUAUACCAUGUGGUAUUGCUGCUUAUUCUUAUAUGAAUGGUAAGACUGUAAGAUUUAUUAUUUUUAAGAUGAAUUCUUUUUGAUAAAAGAUGGGAAAUAAAUUUUAAUCACAGAUAAAGGUAUAUCAUGGGAAUCUGAUAGAGAAAAGUUUACAAAUAUAAACUUAGACAAAUAAUGGAUUGAUAUGGAAUCAGGUGAUUAUUUUCAUUUAAAUUAGAAAGAUUUAUAAAUUGGAUGAGGCCAUCUCCAUUAAGUAGGUUCAGGAAAUUAUGGGGAAGAAUCGAUUAAGAUUUAGAAGCUGGAACAUACACAGUUAAUAUACAAAUUAGUAAGUUUUAUAUACAUCAAUAAUUAGAAACUAAUGACGCAUUUACAGAAACUAAAAAAUAUGUUCUUUUACACAAUAAUGGAUAAUUUUCAGAUCCAAUUUUAGUGAUAACAUUACCAUGUCUUUGUGUAGGACCAUUCUUAAUAAUUUUUGGUAUAAUAAAUUUGAUUUAUUGGGGGAAAAAAUAAAAUUUGAUAAAAAAAUACAGAAUUUAUUGA